AUGGCCACACCAAACGUUGAAUACACUACAAGCUUCACACACACUUUGAGAACCAUGGUUAAGAAACUAUGGACUAAGUUAGUAAAGUUCACAAAAUUUAUAAAAGAGAUUGGCCAAGAUGACCCUAGAAGGUUUAUUCAUUCCUUCAAAGUUGGAUUAGCAGUUGUUUUGAUUUACAUUUUGCAUCAUUUUCGUCCCUCUUUCUAUGGUUUUGGUGACAACAUUAUUUGGGCUGUUCUUACCGUUGUUAUUGUCCUUGAACUUUCUGUGGGUGCAACACUCGGAAAAGGUUUCAAUCGAAUGUUGGCGACAUGGUUAGGAGGCGCUCUCGGUGUUGCAAGUAAUAAAAUCGCCAUUCUUUGUGGAGAUAAGGGAAGAGUCGUAAUGACUUCAAUCUUUGUCUUUGUAAUAGCUGAAAGAGUGACAUUUAUGAGAUUUUCACCAAAAUUGAAGGCAAGAUAUGAUUAUGGGAUGAUCAUAUUCAUCUUAACAUUUUGUUUGGUAUCUCUUUCGGAUGUGAGUGGAAAUGAACUUCUAGAAAUGGCAUAUGAAAGGUUAUUAACAAUUAUAAUUGGAAGCUCUAUAGCUAUUACAGUGUGCAUUUUCAUAUGCCCUGUUUGGAUUGGAAAAGAUCUUCACAAUAAAAUUGCUGGCAAUAUUGAAAAAGUUGCUGACUUUUUAGAAGGAUUUGGAGAUGAAUACUUCAAUGAUACAGAGAAUUCAGAAGACGAAAAUAAUAAAGAAUUUCUUCACAAAUAUAAAAGAGCUCUCUCCUCAAAAAAUAGUGAAGAAACAAUGGCGGUUUUGGCAAGAUGGGAACCUCGUCAUGGCCGGUUUAGAUUUCGCCAUCCUUGGAAGGAAUACUUGAAAAUUGGAAACUUGACACGGUUUUGUGCAUACAAAGUCGAAGCACUUAGUGUAUAUCUUCACAAUUCUAAAACUCCAUAUGAAUAUCGAAGUAGGAUUCAAGAACCAUGCACGGAUAUUAGCAUGGAAUCAGGGAAGGCCUUAAAAGAAGCAUCAUUGAUGAUUAAAAAAAUGUCAAAGUCAUCAAGUCCAAAAGUGCAUGUUUUAAAUGCAAAAAAUGCUGCUGAAUCUCUUAAAUCUGUAUUAAGAACAAAUCCAUGGGAAGGUGCUGAUCACUUGGAGAUUAUACCAGCUUCUACGGUGGCAUCAUUGCUUAUUGAUAUUGUGGUUUGUGUUGAGCAAAUUUGUGAAGCUGUUGAAGAAUUAGCAUCACUUGCAAAUUUUGUGCCUUCUGAGUCACUUCAUAGGGGAGUGGUGCAGCCGAUUUCUGAUAGCGACGGUUCGGUUCAUGUAGUUAGUGUUGCCUAA